GCAAAUGAAUGCUCGCGCACACUGGCAGAGCCCAAGCCUGGAAGAGGCGGAACGCUGAGGCCUCGGAAGUGAUGAGAAGAGCUGGCCACGCCUCCGCUCUAUUUCAGGGGCAGCAGCACUAGCGCGGGGCUAAAGGAGAGCGCGCAGUGAUGGGGUUCCGCGUUACUCGUGCCAGGGCGGUGCUGUUGGUGCUCCUGUCCCUCGGGCUCACUCUGGCUCUUGGCCUCGGGCUCCCGGAGGCGUUGAAGCUGCUCUUUAGGUUUUUGGGGUUCCCCAGUGACAGUGUGUCCCAUGGGAUUGUGCUGCUGUACUUGGUGUUCAUGCUGUGGGUUGCCAUGCCAACUGUACCCCGGGGCACGCUGCCAGUGGAGGGAAAGGAGGUGCUGAUCACAGGCUGUGACACUGGAUUUGGAUUCGCUUUGGCAAAGCACCUGCAUAAAUUGGGAUUUACAGUAUUUGCAGGGUGUUUGUUAAAGGAUAAAAAUGGAAAUGGAGCUGAGGAACUACAAGGAAUGCAGUCUGAUCGCAUGCAUGUUUUCCAGUUGAAUGUCUGCAAUGAGGAGGAGGUUGGCAAAGCAUUGGAGUUUGUCAAACAGCGUCUAGAGAAUACAGAAAAGGGAUUGUGGGGAGUGGUUAAUAACGCUGGCAUCUCUACAUUUGGAGAUGUGGAAUUCACAACUUUGGAUAAGUAUAAAGAAGUGAUGGAUGUUAAUCUGUGGGGAACUGUAAGAAUAACAAAAGCAUUCUUGCCUCUUAUUCGUCGAGCUAAAGGGCGGGUGGUUUGUGUGGGAAGUACACUUGGAAGAAUGUGCAAGCCAUCGCGGUCUUGUUACAGCAUAUCAAAAAUUGGAAUUGAAGCUUUCACAGGUUGCCUGAGACAAGAAAUGUACCAAUGGGGUGUAAAGGUCAUUAAUAUUGAAGCUGGAAAUUUCAUCGCUGCCACCGAGCUUUUCACCAAGGAAGGCGUGGAGAGACGAGGAGAGGAGAUGUGGGAGGAAGCCUCAGACAUAUUACGUGCUGAUUAUGGAAAGACUCCUCUUGUUCAGCAGGUGACCAGGAUGAAGUCCAUUGUUGGUUGUGGGGCAAAGGAAAAAACUGAUGUUCUAAAUGCGAUUACAGAUGCCUUGAGAUCUAAAUAUCCAUAUACACGCUACAUCCUCACCGACACCUAUUCGUGGAUAGAGUUUCAGAUUAUGUCUCUCCUUCCCACUGCUAUUGCAGACUGGAUCUACAUUUCCUGACAGUUUUGAUUUUUUUUCUCAAUUUGUUUUAAAUAUUUUGUAUUGCCCACAAGAAUUUCCUUCUUUCAGAAUCUAUUCAAUAGUGCCCAACAUAACCAGCCCUCUUCCUCUCUAAUCCCUUGCUGUUUCUUGUAGUUGAUUAAGAGUUACCAUCCAGUCUGCUGUUUUCUAUCUUCUUUUAAACUUCAACUCCCAGCAUCUCUUAGAAGUAGGAAUGCACCGAAUCCACUAUUUGGGAUUCGGCUGAAUCCUCGGUGAAAGAUUCGGCCGAAUACCGAACCCGAAUCCUAAUUUGCAUAUGCAAAUUAGGGACAGGAAAGGAAAAAGUGGAAAAAAAUACUACUUUUGUGGCGAAAAGUCACGUAAUUUCCCUACCUGCCCCUAAUUAACAUAUGCAAAUUCGGAUUCGGUUCGGCCAGGCACAAUGAUUCGGCUGAAGUCACAUGUGGAAAGGAAAUUGUAGUUCAUGACUGUCUAUGUACAGCCCUACUAUGGAGAGAGAGAGAAUACUGCACACACACUUUGGGGCAUAUUUAUAAAACUGUGUAAAAAUUGUAUGCCUUAAAACUUUGUACAGAAUGGUACAAAAUAAAUUGAA